UAAUAUGUAUAAUAUAAACCUUCCCGUAGUUAAUUUAUAAAACACUCUUGGAUAAAUUGAUGGAGUUAUCGAAUAUAUAUAAUGGGACAUUGAGGAAUGAAAAAAAAACACAACUGCCACCAAAAAAUUACGUAAACCCACUUAACGGAUUAAUAUAUGAGCGACUACUCAGAAGAAAGUCAACAACAGUUAAAGAUAAUGCAUACGAUAGUAGCACUAAUUCAGACUCGGAUUCUGAGAGCAAAAGAAGACGUCACUUACGCAGAGUUUCUCUUAACAUUCAGAAUAACUCGAAGCCACUUUUAAAUCAAAAAACUAAACUAACACGUCUUGUUCAUGAAGAACAAAUGUGCGUUAACGGUACAACUAAAAGUAGCACACAGCAAACCGAGAAUAAUGCUGACAAAAAGGUUUCACGUAGUGGAAGUACACGACGAAAACAGUGGCUUUCUUCCGAGAGGUCUAGUUCAAAAUCGCAGUCUUCUAUUGACGGCGCUUCUGAUUCACAAAAAUGUAGCUCACGUAGAAAUACCUUGAACAAAGCAUUUGAUCAACAUGAGGCUGAUAAACUUAUUCUAACCGACACAAGCAUUAUUCCAAAUGGUAAUAAAGAUACACAGAUAAUUAGUAAUUCCACAUUGAACAAACCUGAAAACUCAACCAACACUAUGUCAGUAUCCCUUGAUUUAGGACAAUCUAUUUCGGUCCAUAUUGUACCAUCACCAAUUAUGACACAGAGAAAAGUAAGUCAAUCUCAAAAAUCCUUCGAUCCCAAUGAAUCACUUCCUGAUCUUACUGAAAUCAAAAAAGCAAAUAACAGUUUAGAUCGUCUUAAACGCGAUUAUCAUCUUUCCAAUGUAGAGAUAACAGCGUUGCGUGAAAUUCUUAAGAAAGCAGAUUUAUAUGAUAGUUUAGUGCGUGAACGAAUGCAUGAAGUUCUGAAAGUUGAAAAUAGCAACACAGAGUGUAUUAAUGAUAUUGCUGAAAGGGUUAUUGUUGAGAAAGAGAUUGUGUCUUUAAAAGAAAAACUUUUUGCUUCUCGCAAAGAACUUGAUUCUUAUAUAUCUUUUACCAAAAAAAUGGAGAGAGAGAAAAGACAAUCAAUGUCAGAGAAAGAAGAACUUGAAACAAAAAUUCAGUGGCAUGAGCGUAGGCUAUUACGUUUUGAAGGAGAGAAUAAAGCGUUAAAGACAGAACGUGCAGAGUUACUUAAUCAAAUUUACGAAUUACGGGGAAAAUCUCUUAAGAUUAAAGACUUAGGGCGAGCUAAAUUAUUAGAAAACAAUUUAUCACCACAAACUGAGUUAGGGAACUCAAAGUCAAGUUUAAUUUACGAUGCUGAAAGUUUAGCUCAGGAGCGCAUAAAGUUUAAUCUGGAACGCCAACGCUUGGAUGAAGAAAACCAAAAAAUGCUCACUAAGUGUACAACUCUUUCUGCACAAUUGCAGCAUCUUGAACGUGUAGUAGAGGAUUUAAAGGAAGAAAAAGAUGUCCUCAAAAUAAAAAACGAAAAACUUACUAAACAAAUGUUAGAAGAACAAAAGUCUUUUCAAGAACUAUUUGAAUUUGACUACCAUUCUGCUAGAGGUAAAUUAGAAAAUACAGUUAUGUCAGAUUUAAUUGAUGCAAUGAAAAGUGAAAAAGCGCACGAAGAAACUCGCUCUGAACUACUUCAACUUGAAAAAAAGUUUGAAAAGUUGCAGAAUGAUCAUCGUGCAACUUUAGAAGUUAAUAUUCUCAAAGAGCAUGAAAAUUUGGAUUUGAUUAAUAAACUAAAAUCAGUUACAAAAAUCAAAGAGGAUUAUGAUAAAAGUUAUAAUGAGCUUGAAAAAAAGUACCGGGAAGCGUUAGAAAGAAUUGAAAAAGAUACUCUUUUAAUAGAAGAUUUAAAAGCUGAACAUUUAUAUUUGCAGAAAGAGCAUGAAGAUGUCUCAUUACGACUUGCAGAUCUUCAGCAUGAGGCUGUUAAUAUGGAAGCUAACCAAGAUGCGUUCAAAAAAUUUCUUGACAAGCUUUCUAUGGAGUUACAAGAAAAACUAGGAGAAGAUCAUGUAUCAAAAGAUACAGAAUCGGAAGAUCUUCAAGAGCAAGCACAAAUUAUUGGAAGACAGAUUGUUGCUCAUUUAAAUCCAACUCGUAAACUGCAAGAUGAUUAUGAGGCAAUUAAGCAAGAUCGUGAAGACUUAGAAGAGGAAGUUAGAUAUUUGAAGUUUGCUCUUAACUCAAGGUUGGAAAUAAAGUCUAUGCAGCAGCCUGCGAUGCAAAAAUGUGAUUGCAGCAAACAGAAAGACAUCUUGAAAAGUGAACGAGAUGAAGCCCAAAAUAAAUUGACUGCUUUAGAAAAUGAAGUUAACAGGCUUCAUCAAGAUAAACAGCAACUGCUAAUGAGUUUUCUUAAUUUACAAGCCUCCCAACGGUCAAGAGAAGUGAGUAAGUCUGAAGUCAAUUCUUCUACAGAUGAUAACAUAACAGAUGAUGAAGAUGAAACAGAAACUGAAUAUGAUAGUGAGGAAUAUGAGAAAUCACAACCUGAUUCUUUGAAUGAUAGUUCAAGAAAAAGCUCAUUUAGUGACAUAGCAUGGAAACAAAAUCAAGUUUCGAAUUGCAAGGAAAGCUUUACUUUUGACAACUCUGAAGAUUCUGCCAUUCGUUUUCAAGAAAUGUCGAAAAAAAAUGAAAGAUUAGAAUUAGAAAGAGCUGCCAUGUUGGACUCAUUAUGCAAGCAAGUUGAGAGAAAUAACACCCUUGUUGCUGAGUUAGAUGACUUAAAAAACAAAAAUCAAACAAAACAAAAAUCCCGUCCUUCAAGUUUAAUUUCAAACAGUGACAGUUUAAAUAGUUUGGUUUCUGAUAAAUGUUCACAAUGUGCAUCGUCAGGUACAGAGAUACGUCAUUACCUAUCAAUCUUAGAGCAACUUACUGAAGAUAAACUUCGACUAGAGAAAUUAAAUUCAGAUCUUGAAUAUGAAUGUGGUAUGUCUAAAGCAGAAGUUGAAAAACUUACCAAUAAAUUAUGCAGUUUAGAUACAAACUCAAUGCAAGUUGAUUCCGAAGUAGAACUUAGAAAACUGAAGAAAGAUAAAGAACUAUUAGUCCAAAAAAUUCAAGCUCUUGAGCAAGAAAACUCUAUACUUGAAGACAAUUUUAAAAAACUUCGUGAUGAUAAAGCAGACAUUUUAGAUAAAUUGCAUCAAUGUGAAGAAGAUAGGUUUGGAUUUAUUCGAACAUUAUCGUUAAUAACUGAACAGAGAGAGACUUUAGAAAAGGAACUUCUUGAAGCAAAAGAGGAAAAUAAAUUAAUUAAAAGGAAAUUACUGAAAGCUAACUUCUAGUUGGUUUCAUAUCAUUAAUAAGGUACAUAAUUAUAAAAUUUAUAUUGGAGCGACAUGUAUCAAAAAAAAGCAUACAAUUAAAGAGACCAAAUGUUUUGAGUAGACCCCGACGUGUUUACAGACAUUUAAGUAAAUAUAAAAGCAGUUUUUAAAGUGAUCCAUAGAAACAGCAACUGUUAAGGAAAGCAAAAUAAAGGGUUAUAAUAAUACGCAAGUUGAAUAGUUUUUUAAAAUUAUUAGAAAUCAACCGACUUUAGAAUACCAUUAGUAAUAAGUUAACUUAAAAGUAUCAAUUUUCACUGUCUUACGAAUUUACAGAAGAAACGUCCGAAGCAUAUACGAUUUAUGCAGUUAUAUGAAGUUAACGUCAUAGUUGUGAAGUUGGCGUUCGUUUGCACUAAUACAAAGUUGACUUAAUACUAAUAAAAUUUUAUAUAUUUUUUAAAUCAUUUUUUUACAGUUAAAUAAACUUUAAAUUUGUGAAUAAAUGGAUGCAACUUAUUGCAUCGACUGUGUGAUAGAAAUAUAAUUUGUAAAUUAA